GAGUUGUUGACAUUUGCUAUUCUGGAUAUUGACAUGCAAUGAUUUUGUUUCUUUGAUUGGAUGUGGUGACAUGCUAUACUAUCCUCUGUUUUUCUCCAUUGAAGGCCUACAAGAGAGCUGCAGAAUCACUGGAGAAGCUAAUGGAUGCCCCGAGGAAAGAGCUGCCGGACACCAUGGCUGCCGUUCGAUUAUCUGGGAUGGAGAUCAGCGACUUGACAAUGGAGCUCAGUGACAAUGGUUCCGAUUCAGAACUCUUCUGCUUUAGAUCUCGCGAGCUCGUGGAGGUGACGAAAUCAUCCAAGGAUCUGAGGCACAGUGUGCCGGCGGUGUUGGAGGUGGAGGUGGAUCCGAGCGGUGGACCUAGGAUACAGAAUACGUCGAUGGAGCUGUAUAGGAGAAAGGAGGAAUCCGCGAAAAUCAAUAUCACAAGUUGUUGAUAAGUUGUUAACAUUU